AUGUCCGAGAACAUCUUCAAAUUGCAGCAACUCAAUUCUCUUUACAAAUCCAAAAAAGAAAACAAGGCAGACGAUAACAAGAAAAUUCCACCCGAGUCCCUCAUCCAAUAUUCCAAUUAAUAAGAAGCCACUCUACAACAAAUCAGAAAAAAACAAUCUUUGCCUGUACCCACCUUAGAAUCAAAACCUACCAUUGAUGUAACCCUAUUAAUUCAAUCCAAGGAACUAUUAAACUCCCUAAUUAAACCAAGAGAUUGGGAAAUCGAUGGAAGACGAUUAAUGUAGACAGUUUCAAUUGUCCCUCCCUCAAGGGAUGACAUCACCAAUCUGCAAAAACUUCUAGAUGAACGACUCGUUUCUAGGUAGGCACGAGAGUAUCCUCUAUGUCCAAUCAGAGAAGAAUUGUUUGGUUAAUGUUUUGAUGAAAUUAUCAGAUAAGUCACCAUCGAUUGCCAAGAAAGAGGUAUUCACUUUAGCUAUUCCUCAAGGAGUCAUUUUGGCAAGAGUUAGAGACGAUCUAAAUAAGACUAUUGUAGCGUAUAAAACCUUAUAUGAGGGAUCUAUGCCUUUUAGUCUUCAAAAACAAUUGAAUGCUGAGGAUGGGCUUAAUAAAUUAGAAUAAUAAAUUACUAAAUUGAAUGAAACCAAACAAUAAUUAGAAUUAAAAGUAUUUCAUCUUUGCGAUCUUAUUAGAAACAAUUUUUGACAAACAAGAAAGAAGCACUUGAAAGAUCAAUUAGGGAGAAAAAGGAUGCUAAUGAACAAAGGCGAAAGGCAGAGAUAGAAUUUUUGAAAUAUCAAAAUUCUCAUCUGGAAUCCUAUCAAAAACAAGUCAAUCCAAACAAGAAUUAAUGA